CAGCCGAAGAGAAAGGAAGCAGAGGGAACAUUGGGAGAGGAAGAGAAGGCUACUGAAGGACUGCUAAGGAUAUGCUUGUAUUCUCCGUUCCUGUGACCUUAAUACUGGUACAUCUGGGUGCCAAAAGCGUCCUGGCCCUCCCCAUCCUUCCAGACGAGCUAGAUGCGAGGGGAGACCACCAACUGGGGGCGAUGUACCCUCCACUACACGCACUCCACCAAACGGCCUUGGAGGAGCUAUUAGGCGCCCACACACGCCCGAACCACGCCCUCCCACGCCUGCAGGAACAACGCCCACGCCCACCACGCCCACACACCCCCGAGGAUAUCGAGAGAGGGGAGAGAAAGAAGGAGGAGGUGGGAGGGGUGUCUGUGUCCCGUCAGCGCCGCCUUCAGAAGAGGACAGAGGGCGCCAAGAUCCCCACUGUGGGCCUCGGUAAGGGGGCUCCAUUCUUCUCAUAUGUUGGAUUAGGUGUUCUCUCCGAUCUGCGCAACUUUUUCACUGAGCUGCGCACGAAUUUGGACAGCGUGGAGGCGUUGGCGCAAGAACAGGGUGCCAACGCCUUGCAUCCUGAGGACCUACUGGCACUUUUAGCUAAGGAGGAAGCCCGCAGCCAGGCCUUAACGGACCUCUCCAAUGACACACUCCCUCAGGGCUUCCCCAUACGCAGCCUUAUCUUCGGCACGGCGCCCAAGGACCAGCGCUACGCCAACUCAGGCCUCGGAAAGUAACGCUGACGGAGACUGCUGACGGAGAUACUGACGAAGGACUACUGACGGAGGCGCUGACGAAGACUAACUGACGGAUGCUACUGAAGGAGGGAGUGAAGGAGACUACUGACGAAGGCACUGACGAUGCAGGAUUUUUUCAAUGUAAGAGAGGUGCUGUUUAAUAAAAAAAAAGGCAAAGUGAGAUGAGAAAAUGGUAAAAAUGUCAUAAAUUGGAAGGUAAACUGUCUUGAAAAUCUCCAUCUUGAAAAAUAUACACAGAGAGAGAGAGAGAGAGAGAGAGAGAGAGAGAGAGAGAGAGAGAGAGAGAGAGAGAGAGAGAGAGAGAGAGAGCGAGUUUAUCUGUCUGUCUGUCUUUAGUCAACAUGAGACGGGCCAACGAAAACAGCAAAAAUGUCAUAAAAAUUGGAGAAUAACCAUCUUUAAACCUCCAUCUUGAAAAAUAUUGACGAAAAAGGUGCUAAUUUGUCUGUCUGUCUGUCUGUCUGUCUGUCUUUUCCACCUGAGACGAGACAAGAAAGACAGCAAGGAAAAAAUAAAUAAAAAAGGCAAAAAUGU